GGGCGGGGCUUGAAAAACAAUGGUGUGUUUCAUGCUGAGGAGUUUACGGACGCGACAGGGGCUUUCUCUCCCAACCAGUUAUCCCCCAGUUUACCUUCAGAAGAGCAUGUAAUGGACUACUCCAGUUCUCCCAGCAACCUGGACAGAUUUUGAGAAACGUUUGCAUUUUUUGGUCCUUCCCCAAGAUUUUCUCCAUUCAAGUCAGCAGGAUGGCUGAAAAGGAGCCCGAUUCGCCUGGAAAACUAAAGACAUUAUUAUAGCCAGAAUUGUCUUUUUCGGAAUAGGGGGCCUAUCCGAACGGACAAUUUCUUUUUACAACUUUCCCCUCUGUGGAUAAUGGAUGGCAGAGAUUUUGGACCUCCCCGAUCCGUCCACGUACCACCUCCGUUGUUGGCGGGGCUCGCAAUGGAGUCUCACCGACUCGGAGCAGCAGCAGCAGCCGGGAGGAUCCCUCCCUCGCCCGGUCACUUGGGCACGAAUCAUCCGCCGCCUCUCCACUCUGGAAAAUUCUUGCCAUCGGCCAUUAACCUACAUCCACACCACAGUGAUGCCUUCCCAUCAGGCUCCAGUCCCUUUCUGUCAGGUUAUCCAGGCCCCUCCCCCCUGACCUCUGACCCUGCGUACAGAUCGGCUAAUCCCAGCAGUCUGCAGAUGGCUCAGCUCUGGGCAUCACACGCUCAUGAAGAAGAUCAGAUAGGAGGAAACACAUCUCGGAGUGCGUUUUGGCAAGGCUAUCCUCCGCUGCCAAGCAGCCUGUACUCCAGCCCCUACCUGUCCCUGGGGCACCUAGAUCCUCCCUCACUCUCCCAGCAUCCUCUCUACGACGCGCAUAAAGAGAGUUUUUACCUGCCAGCCUCCUUGAGCCAGUCGUCUCUCCAUCCUCCAUCUGCACCCCCGGCCGCCCCGUCCAGCUCCACACCCCCUCAGAGGACGUCACGGGAUUGUGGCAGGGACCGGUCCUAUCGGGGGGAGAGGGAAAGGGACAGGGACAGAGAGCGAGAGCGAUUAAGAGAGGAGCAGCGGCCACACAGCGUGGUAGACCUUACGCAAGACGGGAGGGGUGAGGAGGACCGCAGGGCAAGGAGCGGAGACCGGGAACAAGAGAAAGAAAGGGACCGGGACACAGAAAGAGAAAGAGAUGGUUGGUCUUUCCAUCCUCACCUCCACCAGCAGAAAUCACACUCUCAGCACUCCACAUUGGAGGCCAGAUCCAGGCCAUCACCUCCACAGCCCUCCUUCCCUCCAGGUGGUGGUGCAGGCAGGUUCCAUGGACCAGAAACUGACAGAGGGGGUCGGGAGGAAGAGGGCGUCCCUCGACCCCAUCACAACCAUAACUCUAACGUUAACUCAAACAACUCAAACUCUCAAUCAGACAGACCGAGGAGGAACGACUCUGGGGCAACAUCAACUGGGGCCCUCCACAUCUCCUACAUCCUUCCCCCUGCGCUCCAGCCCUCUAUCACUGGUCCACCCCACCCCUCCACACCCAGAGAGCCGAUCAGAGAGCAGCGAGUCAGCGCACCGACAUAUGUGCCUUCUGUGGAGGUUUAUGACGAGCGGGCUGGGCCCAUCCAGAUCGCCUCACAGGCCCGUGACAAACACAAAGACAGAGAAAGGGAACGAGAGCGCGAACGGGAGAGGGAACGAGAGCGCGAACGGGAGAGGGAACGAGAGCGCGAACGGGAGAGGGAACGAGAGCGCGAACGGGAGAGACACAGAGAGAAGGAGAGCUACAGGUUUCCUGAGAGGAGCCUGAUGGAUCAUCCUCGACUCUCCCAGUCUGGCGAUUCAAGCAAUCAAAGAGAGGAAGGUUCUGUCAUUUGUACCAAUGGUUCCAUUGGUAAACGAGGCCAGGACACAUUGUACUCCUCCAGUCAAUCAAGGUUCAGCCCAGAAAGCAGGGACAUGUCUAAACACUCAGUCCGAUUGGGUAUUGAGGGGGCAGGGGCAGAGCCGAAGUGGAAUAACAUCAGCCCUUUGGCUAACUAUGCCACGACUCACAUGGCUGCUCUUGCAGCCCAACACGGACACACGCUCUCCUCGCCCCACAGCCAGCCCACACACACACAAAUUUCCCAUUCCCCUCACACAACUCACCGGCCUAACAAUAACCCACACUCCCACAGUCAUUCCCCCCAGACACACACCUCCCAACACGGACAUGGGCGUGCAGGUGAGGAGGGGGGUCAGAGACGCUACCUGGACUCAUCAGCUCUCUACCGACCAGGGGGGUCACUAGUGGGAGGGUCCAGUGGUGGAGAGCAAGGCGGAAGAGUCGGCUCAGACCCCACAGAGGUUUCAGCCAUGCAGAGUCUGAUUAAAUACAGUGGAAACUUUGCUGCUGAAGGCCCUGGACCCUCCAGGCACGCCACAGAUGGCCGAGGGCCCUUUGGGGGUCUGGGUAACAUUGGCAUGGAAGCCGAAAGAGAGAGGGAGAGGGAAAAAGAGAGAGAGCGGGAAAGAGAGAGGGAGAGAGACAAGGAAAGGGUAGCGGUUGGAUCAGGUGGUUCAGGGGCAUUGAGGGUUCCUCCCCAGCUGAAGAGAGAGCAGGAGCGGCCGGACAGCGCCCGCUCGUUUGGCCGGGAGGGGGAGGGCGAGGUGCGCCACCCUCCGGUUGGCAUUGCGGUAGCUGUGGCACGGCAGAGAGACAGUGGGAGCACCAGUAAACCUACCAGUGGACCUUCAGACACACAGAGACCCCUGCUACAAACAGCUAUUAAAGAUGAGGAGCGAGGGGAGGACCGUGCUCGUCACCAUGAUGACAGACUGCUGGCUGGCCGACUGGAGCGUGAGCAGGAGAAAGUGCUCAGAGAGUCCAAAGAGCUGGCAGAGUUUACUCAGAUGCACCCUGCACCUUUAUCUAGCGGCCUGACCCCCAGUAUGAUGACACCCAGCCUAAUGACCCCCAACCUUAUGGUGACAGGAGGGGCUGCCCUGGCAGGGGCAGGGCGUUGGCCUCCAGACCCCUCAACUCUGACUUCUCACCCAUGGAUGCCCAGGCCCGGAGCCCCCCCAGUCUGGCUCUCCAGCACACCAUACAGCCUCGGUCCCUCCUCACUCCACCAGACCCUCCCCCCAGGCUACCCGCCCUCUCUGCCAGGCUCCUUACCCCCUUCCUACCAGUUUGCCAGGGACCCACAGUCUGGACAGCUAAUAGUCAUCCCUACUGAACACCUGCCACACUACGGAGGUGACGUAUUGGAGCGUGGAGCCCAGGUGUGGUCAGGAGUAUACGGUACAGGCAGCUCGCUGCAGCAUGCAGCCCAGCUCCAGCUCCUCUCUCAGCAGCAAAUGCUCCGGCAACAGGAGCUACUCAUGAUCCAGCAGCACACAGCGCAGGUCCUGGAGUUGCAAAGGAACGCGCAGCUAGUCGAGCGUUUAAAGGCCAGUGAGCACCGGCCUGAAAUAGAAGACAAACCAGAAAAGCGAAACACAGAGCCCAAACCAAGACCCUGCUCAAUUUCUUCCCCGUCCCCUCCACCUGUUUUGCAUCCUCGCAAACCUCCCGCUCCCUCUCGCUCCCCAACCCCAUCGACGUCUUCCCUCACCCCGCUGCCUCCGCUCCCCUCGCCAGUGACCACCCUCAAGUCAGAGGAAGGGGGGCAGAGGGUGUUGGCACACCCACCAACCCCCCUGCCUCACCCACCUUCCCCCCGCUCAGCCUCUCCACCCCCAUCGUCGCCACGUCGGCCUAAACAGGAGGUGGCCGAGGAGGGGGUGGUGGGACGGAGGGAGCAGAGGGAGGGACAGAAGCCGGCCUCUGUACCUUUUCAGGGCAUCUACUCUGAUCUCCCUCCAGGUUACCCUUACCAGUCCAUCACUGCCCCAUUUGGCUCACCUUUCCCCCCUUAUCACAUCCCAGCAUCCACAGGGUCAAACACAGAACUUGUCCCACCCCACCGCUCCCGUUCUCCAGCCUCAGCUGCCCCUUUGCGCUCAGCACACCUCCAUUCAAGACUCCGGGACACAGACAUCAAGCCACAGAAACUAGAGCCGUCAAAGACGGGAUCUUUCCUCAAACAAGAACCCGGUGUGGAGCGGCCUCGGCUGGACAUGACGCCAGAACCCCUGGGUCCCCUUCGCCGGAGCUGCAGCCCUGUCCGAGCCAGCCAGGACAGAGAGACAUGUGGGGAAGUCCCAAAGCCCCAGUGUCAGCUGUUACGUCUGCACGUCCCCAGUCCUCCACUGCAACAAAGUGAAAGACUGGAAGAAGUCAGGGAGGAAGAGAAUGAAGGAGACCAAAUCAAAAUGGAAGUGUCAUCUUACUCAUGUCAGGUAGCAUAUCCUCUACCCCCUCCACUCACAGAGGCUGAGGCUAAACCAAAGGCCAUCAAGGAACCAGAGCAAACAAAAUAUCCAUUGUGCAUCACUGUGGAUUCAGACAGCCAGGAAUCGGCUCAGAAGUGUGCAUCCCUAGAGCAAGCCACCAGCACUGUGUGUGAAAAAAAACACCCAGACACUCCAAUCGACUCACACACUCCCAGUCAGAGAGAAAGUGUUGCAGAAACCCCCCUUUAUCCUCCUCCCACCUCCAACUCUCCUCUCCCGCUGGUCAUUGGUCCUGAAGAUCCCAUGGCAGGGAUGCUUGCCCUGCUGACAGCCAGUGAGAUGGCCACUCAUGCCCGCCCCAGCACCCCACCUGCCCCGAUACUCAUACCGCAGGUAGAAAAACCUCAUAUGAGUUCAGAUUGCAGCAGCACGGGGCCUCUGGAGAUGGUGGCGCUGGAGGGGAUGGCCCUGCUCAGCCAAAUGGCCCAGAGAGAGAUGGAGCAUAUCAGCCAGGGACAAGAUCUAACAUUAGAGGGUCUGGACUGUCUUCUUGAAGCAAGCAGACAGAUCCUGUUGGAGGCCAUAGAGCAACAGUCCCACAUAGAUCUGCCCAGAACGCUGGACCCCAACAAGAAGUAUAGCUGGAGACCGAGGAAGGAGGAGCCGCUGUACAGUAAAAUGUCUGUGGACAUGUUGGACGCAGUGGAAGUGGAAUACCGUGUCCGCCUGGCUGAGCUGCAGAAGACAUAUAAGGAGAAGCAGAGAGAGCUGAGCAAGCUGCAGAGACGCAGAGACAAGCAUGAGCGGCGGCAGCAGGAGGAUGAGAGGCGGAGUCUUACCAGACGGGGCAGAGGGCGACCAAGGAAGAGAAAACUUUUGGCCACACCUCCCAAAUUGGACAGCAGGCCUGGAAAGGUGGGUAGGACAGUGCAAUACUCUGAGGACUCUGAAGCAGGGGAAGUGCAGAGGAAGAGGUUCCGGGGGUCCAGAGAAGAGGAGGACACAGAAGCAGGAAGUGGAGGAGUGAAGGUGAAAAAGAAGAAAAAGAAGAAGAGCUGGAAUGACCAAGAGCCAUCCACCAGUCAUGCUCUGGAGGUGUUGAAGGCAAAGCGCAGCCAUGUCUGUGAGCAGGAGCAGCUGGCAUCAGACCUCGAUAGAGCUCUUUCUCUCUCGCAGCUCAGCUCACUCAGCGCAACCCGCAAACUUACCUCCAUCACAAAAUUAGACAAGUCAAAGGGCAAGUCUGCCGCCAGUCAGAUGAAGGAGCACGCCACCCAUUCCCCCGCCAAAGGAGGGAAACAUAAGAUGGCCAGUAAGGCUUCCACUUCAGAGACUGUCCACAAGGUGAAAGGUCAGAAGAAGACUGCUUUGUUCUCUCAUAUGAGAUCAGAGCUCAGCAGCUGCUCCAACAACUCGGAUUCAGAGGAGCACAAUUCUGCUCGAGGGGGCUGGCCCCCUCUCUCAGGGACACGUUCCCAUGGCAACCUGACAAGGAAGAGGCGGUCUGCGUCGACGCCGAUAUCCCUGCUGUCCAGUCAGAAGUCUCAGAAGAAGAAACACAAGCACUUAUCCCUGCUGCUGGAGGAAGCAGACCUCAGCUCUUCUGACGACUCCUUCGACCAAGAAACCUCCGAGGACAAUGAUGACGACGAGGAAGAGUCCAAUUCAGAUGAUGGUGGCUGUGAGGAGAGCGGGCUGGGACUGCUGGCCAGGUUUGCAGCGAGCGCACUCCCUGUCAGCUCAACCUCUUUGAGCCUCUUCCAUGACGGCAAACACCGCAGCAGGCAAAAUACUCUCGGUUCAUCAGAGUGCGAGUGGUCAGACUCUGGCUCGGACUUGAGGCUGAGGAAGUUCCCCUCUCUGCUACACGGCAAACGCUCCGCCCCAGAGCUUCCCCUGUUGCCCCCAGCAACCCGCCGCACCGACCAGACCAGCCCUACCAAGCGAGAUGAAGCGCUGCCGAUUAAACGCAAGCCUCUGCCCAAACCACGCCCCUCGCCUCGGUCGCCCCGGCAAUUUAGCUUUGACCUCACCACCGGCCCUGGGCUGGGAGGCUUCAGCGAGGACGAGGGCUGGAACCGACGACGCAGCGAAAGGAUUUUUCUCCAUGAUGCCACCACCUCAGCCAGUCAGAUGUCUGUGCCAGCACCUGGUUCCACAAGUCAGAGCUCCUCCUCAAGCUCAGCCUUGUCUCUCACGCCAAAGGCCAGCUCCAGACCCAAACCCACUCCACCCAGCAGGGAGGGGAAAGACGUGGUGAAAAAAAAGAAGCUGAAGGACUCUACCCUGCCUGUGAGCUUGUCCACUCUGUGCAGUCCAAUCACAGACGGUCCUGUGCCUCUGAGCCUCAGCCCGUCACGCAAGAGCCAACCAAAAGCCAAGACCAAGGCCAGAGAGCCUUCCAGGGGUGCGGUGAGCCGGCUGAUGGAGAGCAUGGCAGCAGACGAAGACUUCGAGCCCAACCAGGACAGCAGCUUCAGCGAAGAUGAACUCCUCCCACCGCGCAGCAACAGCGCAUCAGAGAGGUCCUCCACACCUGCUCCAGUGCAGUGUGUGUUGGAUAAGGAUUCUCUGGUGGACGGACUAAGAGUUUUGAUCCCGAUGGAUGACCAACUACUGUAUGCCGGACAUGUGAACACUGUACACUCCCCUGACAUAUACAGCGUGGUGGUGGAGGGGGAGAGAGGGAACCGACCACACAUCUACUGCUUGGAACAACUGCUGCAGGAAGCUAUCAUCGAUGUGAAGCCUCCAUCCGUGCGCUAUCUCCCAGAGGGCACCCGCAUCGCUGCCUACUGGAGCCAGCAGUACCGCUGCCUUUACCCUGGCACUGUUGUCAAUGGAAGUUCAGACAUUGAUGAGAAUGAUGAUCUAAUCACGGUGGAAUUUGACGAUGGCGACACAGGCCGCAUCCCCCUCUCCCACAUCAGACUGCUGCCGCCAGACUACAAAAUCCACUGCGCUGAGCCGUCCCCUGCACUGCUCGUGGCCAGCUGCUCCAGGAGGAGAGUCCGCAAAUGCAGCAAGGAGGGCAAAGAGGCAGGAACAAAGCCAGAGGAGACCGCUCCAAAGAUCAAAGGAAAACCUGGUCGUAAACCCAAACCCAAACCAGAGACCUCCAUGAACCCAGAUAGCCUGGAGAAAACUGAUCCUCCACCUUCCUCCACCCAGCCUGCAGAGAGACCCCAGGCUCCAACUAAACAAGCCCAGGACAGGACCUCCUCUGUCCAGAAGGCAGGUCAGGAGAAGCCCCGCCCUGCAUCCCGGCCAACAAUGGGAACCCAGGCAAAACCAGGCCGCAAAACCUCCACCACGUCCCCCACAAGUAGCCCUACCCUUCCCAACCCGGUGCCCAGAAAGAGCAGCAUGGCCCAGCCUCCUGCUUCUAAGCCAGCCCGCACUCUCCCUCCCUCCCUCUACCCCUCCACCUACGGAAAAGUCCUGACUGUGGAUCUGUACAGCGAGCCCAACCUCAGCUCAUACAACAACCAGCGCAGAGAAAAAGAGAAUACCAGCAGUGUCAGUCCCACCAGCAACAGACCCAUGUCCAGACCCAUGGCAACAUCUGCUGCGCCCAAGCCCAGUGCUUCAUCCACACCAAGGGCCACCUCUGCCUCCACACCCAAAACCAAACCCUCCUCGGACCAUCACAGCGGCUCCAGACCUAGCCUCAGCUCUGGACUCAUACCCAGCCCAGUUUCCAGGUUGUCAACAGGCAAACCCAGCUCUUCUCUGACUCCCAGACCUUCACCAUCAUCAUCAUCAUCAUCGUCAUUGUCAUCUGUCCCAAGACCCAAACUAAAGAUGCCAGCCGACCAGCUAUCCUCCAGUUCCAGACCCAGCCCCAUCUCCAGGCCCAAGCCUAGCUCGGGGCAAAGUGAUGGGGGGUCAGCAGUGAGGCGGAAGCCCCUGUCUGCAGAGCCCCUGGUGAAGCUGGACCAUGAAGGCGUCACCUCACCCAAGACCAAGAAGACCAAGGCUUUGAUGUUACUAGAGGGUCGGGGCGUCAGACGAGAUCACACCCCCGUUACCACGGCCUCAGCCAAUCAGAAACUGCUAAAAGCUAAGCUGAGAACUCCAGAUAGAGAUACUAGCCUGCCAGAGAAAGACUCCACCUACAAAGCACCAGUGCUGUCUAAGGAGAAGGCAGACAGUCGUGGAAGAGGACAGGAGAUGGACACCAGAGAGGAGAAAGUUAAAAAAGAGGAGAGAAAGGAGGUGGAGAAAAGAGAGGAGAGAAAGAUGAAAGAGGAAUCUCAGAGUAGCAGCAGCUCAGACUCUGAAGAAGAAGGUGAGAAAGGGAAGAUGAAGAAAAAGAAGAAAUGCACCUCCAGCUGCUCUUCCUCCUCUUCAUCCUGCUCUGGUUCCUCCUCAUCUUCUUCAUCAUCCUCAUCCUCGUCAUCCUCUUCCUCUACUGAUGACUCCUCCUGCAGCUCAGAUGAAGAGAGGACCCCUACGCCUCCACCAGGACCCAUCUCCCUGCCUCCAGCACAGGACAAACCUAAAGAAGAGACAAAAGAAGAAGAAGAAGAGGAGGAAGAGGAGGAGGAAGAAGAAGAAGAAGAAGAAGAAGAAGGGGAGGAUAAAGUGUUGAAGAAGGGGGCAGAGGAAAAAUUGGAGGAGGAGGAAGAACUGUCACCUCCCUCACAAUCUCCCUCCCCUCUGACCCCUGCUGCUCCCACUAAACCUGGUAAACCAGGCACUGGGAAGGGCUCGGGGCAAAGGGGCCGCCCUCCAAAACCAAAGCCCAGUGGCGGUGAGGGGAAAGUGGGGAGACCCAAGCGGAGAGAGGGAGUCCACCUCCCCACUACCAAGGAGCUGGCUAAACGUCAGAGGCUUCCCAGUGUGGAGAACAGGCCCAAAAUUUCUGCUUUCCUUCCAGCCAGACAGCUCUGGAAGUGGUUUGGGAAACCCACUCAGAGACGUGGUAUGAAGGGCAAGGCCAAGAAGCUUUUCUAUAAGGCCAUUGUCCGUGGCCGAGAGAUGAUCCGCAUCGGGGACUGUGCAGUGUUCCUGUCUGCUGGCCGGCCCAACCUGCCCUUCAUUGGCCGCAUCCAGAGCAUGUGGGAAUCCUGGGGCAGCAACAUGGUGGUCAGGGUCAAUUGGUUCUAUCAUCCAGAGGAGACAAACCCUGGCAAGAAACUCACUGACAAGAAGAACUGGGAUCAGAUUUGCAGUCAGUCUUUACCAGCAGCUCUGCACUCUUCUAUCCAGAGGAAGGACUUCAUGGAACGUGCCCUCUACCAGUCAUCUCACAGUGACGAGAAUGACGUGCAGACGGUCAGCCACAAGUGCCUGGUGGUAAGUGUGGAUGAGUAUGAGCAGAUGACCCACACACGCCGCUACGCCGACAGCGAAGACCUCUACUACUUGGCGGGCACCUACGAACCCACCACUGGCAUGAUCUUCAACACUGACGGAGUCCCAGUCAUUUGCUAAAACAAAAAGCAAACAAGCUACGAGUCGCUGAAACCAAAUUCUGAUCCAACUUACCAACUUUGGACCUCACUAGGAGUAAACCCAACCCAUGAUCUUUCUAAGUCUAAUCACUGAUCUUCAUUCAUGAUGGAUCUUUUCGCAGCCUUGACUCGAUGAACUCAACCGCUCCAAUACCAUUAUACACUUCAAACAGACUUAUGAACAACUACUACUACUACAGAGACAGGAGACACUACAGACAGUAUUAAAAGGAACAAGUCUCCUGAAACAUUUGCACACACAGACUCCAUUCACACAUACUGUUUUGCUCGUUGUGUUGAUGGAAAGUUUCAGAACAUACACAAGUAAUUCUGUCUCUUUUUACAUGUAAAUAUACCCCACAUAAACACAGACGCAUAUUUACACUCACAUGCACAGACACAUGUAAAUACUCACCCCCAUGUAACACACAUACAGUUAUAUAGAGGAAAAUAUGAGUGUUUUAUUUUCAUGUAAUAGAUUUAUGUCAGAGUACUUUUUUCUAAAGAGGUAAACAGUCAAGAAGCUUUAAUGAACUGUGAAUGAUGAUACAGGGAAGAGGCCUGUGUCUGUCCAUCUGUCGCCCCCCCCCCUGGAGGACGGACAGACAGACAGACAGACAGACACACACGCCUGUGGUGUGACGUUGUGAUUAUGAUGUUGCCGUUGUGAUGUUGUAGUCAUGUUAGUCAUAUAAAUGUAUCUACAGAACAGCAGGAGUGACAGACGCAAAAAGAGAAAGAGAUGCACAGAAAAAGAGAGGUGGAGACUCCCUCCCUUGCUGUCCAACAGAGAGCACUUAAAAAUACACUUAAAGUCUAUCCUCCUUUAAUUUAACCGCCUUCAAUUCCCCUUGACAAUCCUAACUCGGGCAGGCAAACUGUCCAUGAGCUACUAAAACUUCUGACUCCCCCAGAGACUCAGGCUAAAGAGAGAGGAAGGAAUCUUGUGCUAUUAAAUGCACUUCCCAUUUUCAUCUUUGAGUUCCUUAUCUUAAAGGAAAAAUCCACCCAGAAACACUUUAAACACUAUGAAAGAAAAACAGCUGCUGUUGAUGUAUCUUGUACUUUGUUCUUUUGCCCAUUUUGCACUGAGGUUGAACAACAACACAGGGAGAAAUGGAUCCUAGAGGAGGGCACCAGCUUCCUUUAGGCCUGUCUGGGGGUUUUGAAAAGCAUUCUGGGAAACGUAGGACACCCUAUUUUUGUAAGAAAAGUGGGGUAACCAAGUAAACUACAAAACUUGGCUCACAAAUAACUCCAUGAGUGCACUGACCAAGACAAGCUGGUAUAUUCACAGUGUAGCAGUCCCAGAGGGUGGAUUUUUCCUUUUUUUUUUUUUUUUAAGGUGUUUUCAGGGUUGUAAACACUGCAGCCAGUCCAAGAUUCAUCAAGGUCAUGGCACUGAUAUACUCUAUAAAGCUGCCAGCACUGAUUAGAUGAACAUAAUUCAAUUUUUAAGAUGCAUCUUCCACAGUUUGGCUUUAUUCAUUUAGUUUGGCUGCAGUGUUAACAACCUCUAAAUGUCCUGUGUUAGAUGUAUUUUAUAUUUCUUUUGCUUCUGCUGUUUUAUGGAUGUCCAUCUUACCCUCUUAUGAUCACAUUUCGCCCUCCAAGCAGUCAUAUUUGACAUGAGUGCACUUUGAAUGAGCUCCACUGCAGAGGAGACUCUGUGACUGGGAGUUAUGUAUGUCUUCCUAGAGUAUUUGCCAAACCCCCUCCCGCCGCUCUCGCUGCCCCUCCUCUGCAUGCCGGUGAUGCCUCUUCGCCCUUAUUCACAAACACACAGACGUGACCACAUCCCUUUUAUACGUUGCUCUUUUUGGCUCUCUUAGCUGCUUAUGAAUUUUUUCUAUGUGCCUAGUUUAACCGUUUUUAGGGUGAGACUGUUGAAUGUCGUGCUCAGGGUUGUGAGCGUUUGGGUGGCCUUACUCUCCCAGGCCUUAUGAUAAUGAUUCGCCAAAUUUCUCUUAGGUCCCGCCCCCCAGUCCCACCAUUAUCCUUGGCUCCUUUAGGUGCUGGGGAGAAAUCAGACUGGUAUUUUCUCCAGUCUGCUGACAUUGGUAAACACUUUUCUUCUUUGUGAUUUAUAUUUAAACAACCCUCCAUUCCUGAGCUCUUAACCCACUUAGUUACACUAUUGUGUAUAGAGUGCGUAUCAGAUAUAUCAGUAUCUAUAUACAGUAUAUAGUAUACUGUAUGUACAGUAUAUGUCUGUGAUUAUCAUGUUGAUUUUCUUGUAUGUUUCUUACUAUGUUGUCCUCUUUCUGCUUUACUGCAGAGAUUGAAGAUUGUCUUGUUGAUAUUCAAUAGGUUUAAUAUUUUCUACUCUCUUGAGAUCUUUUGAUUUUGUCUGGAUUUGUCUGAUUUUAUUAUAGGCUAUAUCAUAUUUUUACUCACACUGAGAUGACUGCGUGACGUCUCGAGGACGACCAAGACGUUAAUGUUGUUAAUGUGACAUUGUCCCGAUAAAUGACAAAAGACGUCUGCCAGUAUAGCAGCAUUUCACAUUUUUAUAAAAUCCAGACAUGAUAGCCACCCAGUAAAGAUAAGACAAGGUUGAUAAUUUGCUGCUAGUCUGUUAGUAUUGAAAGUGGUUCAACAGGUACAGAGUGACUCUAUGUGCUGUUUUCUGAGAAUACUCGAUCGAUUGAUGCCAGAAAAUCUUAUUUGCUAAAGCCCAAGCUGCUCCUCCAGCAGCUGCUCUUAUGUCAACUCCUUUCAGGCUGAGACCAGACAGACGAUCGCCGCCUGACACUCAAAUUUCUAAAGACAAAAGUUCAAAAGUUUUGGGUGACACUCAGCUAAACUGGAUCUCCAGUUGAUACCUCAGCCGUGGGAGUGUAAUGUAUAGAGGUGUUGUACCAGUGUUUGCAGAGUGAACAAGUUAAAGUGCCCCGUUAUGUAUCUUUGUUUACCCCUGGAGCUGCUAAAGCACUUUUUUUUGUCUGUCUGUCUGUCUGUCUGUCUCUGUCUGUCUGUCUCUGUGUGUGUGUGUGUGUGUG